GCGCGACUGCUGCAACGGUGGUCGAAGUUGCAGUUGCAGAACGACGCGGUUCAUCAUCGUCUUCCUCUCGACCGUGCAAGAACUACACGUUCGAUACCGGAGAGCAAUGGACGCGGCGAUGCAGAUAGCGAUUCCGGUGGCGGGGAUCCUCGCGGCCGCCGCCGUCACCUUCUACGCCGUCAGCUUCGCGGAGAUCAAGGAGAAAUCGUUCAGAGAGCUGGAUGAAUCCGAAGAUAGCGCGGGAGGGUUCGAAUCGUCUUUGAGCUCCAGGAAGCGGAGGGCCAGAAGGAAAGCCGAUAAGCCCGGCAAGUUUUGAGCCUUCUCCGGUUCCUCUUUGGUCUUUGAUUGGCGCAAGGCGAUGUUUGUCACGCGAAAGAGGUCGGAUUUCGAUCAGCGUUUGCGUUCUUCUAGUUCAUAGUCUGUAAUCUCAGCUGUUUUCUGUCGAAAGACGCGUUGAUUUCGUAAACAGAGCAAGAGUUCCUCGCGCUCUGUACUCCGAUGCAUCUCUCCGAAGCGUGAAAAAGAUCGGAUUUUGUAUGUUCUCAAGUCUCCACGUUAGCAAGAUUGAUUGUGGGUCACUCAUUUUCACUGCUUCUUUAUCCAUAACAAGACGCUCGCUGAUAGAGUAAAAAAGAGUGCAUUUGUUCCAAG